CAGAAGCCGACUACCUUCGCAGCUCAACUGAACUUGGCUCACACUGCAGCUCUCUUAUUCUAGGAGGAGGAGGAAGAAAGGAACCGUGCACAUCUCUGUGGGAGAGCUCCAACCGAGACAUGCCCUCAGUCUUAGAGUGGCGCUGAUAUACAAACACAUUCACACAGCCCAUUCACACACACACACACACACACACACACACAAACAGCACACACACAUACACAGCCACACGAGCAGGAGCAAACAGUAUCUCUCCCUUUCUCUCUGUCGAGCUCACCCACCCUCCCUCUACCUCCCUACUACACACACACACACACACACACUUACACAUUCUCACACAUACACACACACACACACCACUACAGUAUAUCAGCUCACGACUAGAGGAGAGACAGAGGGGAGAGCAGAAAUGAAUGUGAAGAUCCUGACGCUGGUGAUUGUGCUGCUGCUUUCUCUGCUGUGUUCAGCCCAUGCUGGUCUAGUGACCUCCACUGAGCAUAGCAAGGAGCUGGAGGAGCCGGGUAGCAUGAGGGCUCCUGUGCGUCAGAACCCUGCCCGAGCUGGCCGGAACCAAAGACCCUCCGGAUGGAGGAGGAGGCGCCCUCGACCCCGCCUGUCCCACAAGGGGCCCAUGCCAUUUUAGAUCAAGGCACUGUUUCGAGCGCCCACCCCUUUGGUUCUGAUUUCAAUGCUCUUCCUUUGUCUUAGGGAGGGCCCUGUAACAAGGGGUCUUUCCAGCCCAGCCUGAAGAGUGAUGUCCAUAGCACCUGCUGGUUCUUCAAGAAACUCUUCUUCUGUCCACAAAAUACCAGGACAAGCCACUCACCCUCAGCUCUAUGAAGAAUUGUGGGCCAGGAAUGGGGUGGGGGGAUAUAGAGCCUGAGCUAUCAGAUUCUAUCUCUGUCUGUCCAUCUCUCUCUCUCUCUCUCUCUCUCUCUCUCUCUUUCUCCUCCAGUGCUUUUCCUCAUGAACCUUUUAAAGCCCUUUCAUUGCCACACUUUGCAUGAUGUGUGAGCACCAAGAAGCCUGAUCCAAAACAAUCUUCAUGCAAAAGUGUCAGUUUUUUUUCUUUGAGGUGUGCUACCCCAUUCUCUGCUGUGUAAAGAUGCCCUUUGUUCCAGUGCUGUGUUGUGGCAAAUUCUGGUGUGAACAAAAUGUCAUAUGCGAGGGAAGUGACAGGGAUGUGAAGGUAAAGGCACUAUUGAAAACUUCAUCACUUUUAUCCACUUUCAUCUUUUGACAAAGGUAACAAUGGUUCCUUUCAUUUUACCUUAUGUCUGAUAAAAGUAGCUACAACACGUCAUUUUUUAUUUUUAUUUUAUUUAGUUACCACUGCUGAUUAUAUAAUUACCUCUGAAUUUUGUUGCUUUGCAUUAAAAGACUAUCGUCAGAUGUCAAGUAAACAAAAAAACCUAUCUAUGGUAUAUGGAUUGACUGCAUUUCAUCAUUUUUGUACUGACACAACCUUCAUUAAGGAUUAUUGCUCCUAAAUGUUUUGCUAUCCAAAGUGUAUUUUGCAUUACCCUAUAGACACCCUAUAGACAUCGCAAAGUUUAAGCCACAGUGUCUCCUUAUAGGAUUGCACUACUCUACUAAUCCUGUGUCACGUCUGUCGUCCACCCUCACUCUUCUCCUCACCACAGCAGACAUACAUGACUGUUAACUGGCUGGGGCAGCCUGCCCUGCUCAGCAAACCACCUCUCCUUUUUUAAUGAAGUGCCAAAUAGUAAAUCGAUAAUGCGAUGCUGCCAUGAGCAUGAAAAGAAAAGAGACAAACGAACACGUUACCUCUUAUUUAAGUCUUGAAACACCUAAGCAUGUGUAUGUAUAACACCAUAUGUGUUCUGACAUCCAACUUAGAAAAUCAAUGGUAGCAAAGAAACAUAGUUGAAACAAAUCAGACCAAAAAUCUAUCAAAGCAGACACUUCAUGAAAAUGCAGUAAUAGUCUGUUUUACAUACCAACCAGUAGUGCUCUCUUCUCUGACUGCUGUGCUGAAGGCUGAAUUGCCCCCUAGGACAGAGAUAUUUGAUUGACACAAUAAUAUGCCUUUAUUUUACACCAUAGUGGAACUUAUUACUUUUUUAAAAUUUCAAUGCUAUCUUUGGUUUCGAUUUUUUUUUUCUCAGGGUGCUGUGAGAGAAGCCUGUACUGGAGUUUGUGCUUUUAUUUAAGAAACACACAUACAAACAUGCUUAUACAUGCACUGUUCAGUACAGAGUACAACAUAUCUAUGU